UUUUCAUGAACUAAAACAGUUUUUGUGUGAUGGUGGUGGAGGUGGAGGUGAGUCUGUAAUGAAGAAGAAUAAAUCUUAUUUUUAAGACAAUCAGUUGAGUGCAGCAGUACCUGGCACAUUUAUUGAACAGGAUAGGAAUUUUACGAACUUCAGCAGAACCUGAAAUAGUGCUUUUAUGGAACAUUGAAUCUUGAAGCAGAUAAGCUAUAAAUAGUAGCAUCUAAAUAUUGGCUUAAAAAAAAAAACAAACCUUUGGAUAGAAAAAGUUGAAUACUGCCCAUGGAACUUGAACCUACAUCUCUUGUAUCAGAACAAUCCUUCAAAUUUCCCUAUUUUAGGAUCUUUACUCUUACCGGUGAAAAUUGUGUGUUGUUGAGCUUCAAGCAUAAUAAAGCCCUGCCGAUAAACCCUGGUAUGUUGACUGCCCACUGCCAUCAUCAACCUCCUUUCUCAGGCAGCCAAUCGAAUGGUCGUUAUUUUAGUACAUCUUCAAAAGACUCAGUGACAGCCACCAAGGAAUAUAGUUACGUUGUUGUUGGGGCCGGGUCUGCGGGGUGUGUCCUCAGUAAUCGUCUUACAGAAGAUACUGACAAUACUGUACUUCUAUUGGAAGCUGGUCCAAAGGACUAUACUUGGAAGAUCCACAUGCCCGCAGCUCUGAAGUACAACCUACGUGAUGAUAAAUAUAAUUGGUACUACAUGACAGAACCGGAGAGAGGCAUGGACAACCGAGUAAUGUAUUGGCCAAGGGGCCGUGUUUGGGGUGGGUCAUCUUCUCUAAAUGCAAUGGUGUAUAUUCGGGGUCAUGCUCUUGAUUAUGACCGAUGGGAAAAGGAAGGGGCUUUGAACUGGUCAUAUGCAGACUGUUUACCUUAUUUCCGUAAAUCUCAAACACAUGAACUGGGUCCUGAUGAAUAUCGGGGAGGAAAAGGGCCCUUGCAUGUAUCUCGGGGUAAGACUAAUAACGAGCUGCACCAAGCUUUCAUUGAUGCUGGUGUUCAAGCUGGUUACCCAUUCACUGAUGAUAUGAAUGGCUACCAGCAAGAAGGAUUUGGUUGGAUGGACAUGACUGUCCACAAGGGUAAGAGGUGGAGUACAGCUAGUGCUUACCUGAGGAAGUCGUUAAAAAGACCAAACCUAGACACUGAAGUAAAUGCAUUUGCCAGGAGGAUCCUUUUCGAAGGUAACAAAGCAGUUGGCAUUGAGUACGAACAGAAAGGUGUUAUUCACCAAGUAAGGGCCAACAAGGAAGUGAUUCUAAGUGGUGGUGCUAUCAAUUCCCCACAACUUCUCAUGCUUUCUGGUAUUGGCAAUGCUGAUGACCUUAAAAAACUGGACAUUCCAAUUGUUAAUCAUUUACCUGGUGUAGGCUCAAAUCUUCAGGAUCAUCUUGAAGUCUAUAUUCAACAGAAAUGUCUUAAACCAAUCACAUUGUACAAAGCACAAUGGAAGUUUCCACAUGUCAUGAUCAAAACUGGACUUCAAUGGUUUCUGACUUUUACAGGUGAUGGUGCUACAUCUCAUUUAGAAUCUGGAGGUUUCAUUCGCAGUAGACCUGGUGUAGAACAUCCAGAUAUUCAGUUCCACUUUCUACCAUCUACUGUUAAUGAUCAUGGACGCAAAGUAGGCCCAUAUCAUGCUUAUCAAGUUCAUGUGGGUCCUAUGAGACCUACAAGUAAAGGCUAUAUGAAAUUGAAGUCUAAAGACCCUAAGGUUCAUCCAAUUAUAGUUGCUAACUACCUUACAACUGAACAAGAUGUAGUAGAUAUGAGAGAUAAUGUCAAACUCUCAAGAGAGAUAUUUGCACAGAAAGCAUUUGAUCCUUAUAGAGGCGAGGAACUAGCUCCUGGUCCCAAUGUCCAAAGUGAUAAACAAAUCGAUGCAUUUAUCCGUCAGAUGUCUGAUAGUGCCUAUCACCCAUGUUGUACGUGCAAGAUGGGAGAUCCAUCAGAUAAUAUGGCUGUGGUCGGCCCUGACACUAAAGUCUAUGGAAUUGAGAAUCUUCGUGUCGUAGAUGCCUCAAUCAUGCCCAGUGUAGUCAGUGGCAACUUAAACGGUCCAACUUGCAUGCUUGCUGAAAAAGCAGCAGAUAUCAUUCGGAAUUGGCCAGCACUUCCUAAAUCAACAGCCCCAGUCUGGCAGCCCAAAUCAUUAGAUACCCAACGAUAACUCAUGCUAUCCCCACUCCUUUCACUCCCUUUCAUGUUAUGUUUCCUUUUCUCUUGUCUAAAGGAUUAUAACUUUGCUGCUAUGCAGCAACCAAUGUAUUCUAAUUGUAUAUAUAUAUAUAUAUAUAUAUAUAUAUAUAUAUAUAUAUAUAUACACAU